UCUAGAGCGCCAUGCUCUCAGCACCUCAUCUUCUCUUCGUCGUCGUCAUUCUCAUCGUCCUCUCCCCGGCGCUCGCCGCGGACGCCGGGGACGCGGCGGCGAUGGUCGCCCUCGCGGCGGCGCUCCGCCCCGCCUCGGCCCUGAACUGGUCGAGCGACGCCGACCCCUGCUCGUGGCCCCUCGUCCGGUGCGACCCCGACGGCGGCGGCGGCGCCCGCGUGACGGCGAUCCAGAUCGGGCGGCGCGGGCUCUCCGGGAGCCUCCCGGGCGCGGUGGCGAACCUGACCGCGCUCGUCCGGCUGGAGGUGAUGGGCAACUCGCUCUCCGGGCCCGUCCCCUCCCUCCCCUCGCUCUCCUCCCUCCGCACCCUCUUCCUCAACGACAACAACUUCACCUCCCUCCCCAUCCCCCGAAGCUUCUCGACCUCUCCCGUCAAGUCCCUCCUCCUCAACAACCAGCGGGGCCCCGCCAAGCUCUCCGGGCCCAUCGACGCCGUCGCCGACAUGACCGGCCUCCGCCAACUCUGGCUCCACUCCAACUCCUUCUCCGGCCCCAUCCCCGACCUCUCGCGCCUAACCGACCUCGCCGACUUGGACUUGCGAGACAACGAGCUCACCGGUCCGGUCCCGGACUCGCUCACCGGGCUCGACUCGCUCUGGACCGUCGUGCUCACCAACAACCUCCUCCAGGGGCCCGUUCCCGCGUUCAAGAACGCCGCGCGCAUGAAGAUCGAUCUCCUCCCUUCGUCCGAGCGCUUCUGCCGAACGGACGCCGGCGAUUGCGAUCCGCGGGUGAACGCCAUGCUCUCCAUCGCCAGCUCUCUCGGGUACCCCGAGAUAUUCGCCAGGAAUUGGCCCGGUAACGAUCCGUGCGGCAACACUUGGCUGGGAAUCACCUGCGAUGCCAAAGGGGACGUGAUUGUUGUUAAUUUCCAGAAACUGGGCCUCAACGGCGCCAUCUCGCCGGAUUUUCGGCUUUUGCCUUCGCUGCAGAAGCUCUUACUGUCGGGAAACAACCUCACCGGCACAAUUCCGGAAGCUCUUACCAAUUUACCUUCACUUAAAGAAUUGGACGUGUCAAAUAACUCUCUCUGGGGGAAAAUCCCCGCUUUUCGCCGAAAUGUUGUGGUGAGAACCGAAGGAAAUCCCGAUAUCGGGAAGGACAUAAAUCCCGGCAAAGACGGGUCGAGCUCUCCUGGAUCGGAUAGUGGCGGUGGUAGCAACAAGUCCUAUUUAAUCGGCGUUGUCGUCAGUUCUGUUAUCGGUGCGGCUUUCCUCGUCGGAUUGCUUGUGUUCUGCUAUUCUAAGAGAAACAAGUUCUGUUUCGGCAAGUCUCGGCUUCCGAGCGGCAUAGUUAUACACCCGGGUCACUCCGGUUCGGAGGCGGAGAUGCUCAAGAUAUCUCUGGCUGGUAAUGGCUUGAAUGGGGUCUUCAAUGGAGCUGUAAGCAGCACGAGUAGUGGGCCUCGUGACUUUCACGUCGGCGAGCCGAGCAGUAUGGUCAUCUCGAUUCAAGUUCUUCGAAACGUGACGAAUAACUUCAGCGAGGACAAUAUAUUGGGCCGGGGAGGGUUCGGGACGGUCUACAAAGGGGGGCUCGACGACGGCACUAAGAUCGCGGUGAAGCGGAUGGAGGGCAGCAGCGCGACGGGCCCGAAGGGUUUGAGCGAGUUCACGUCGGAAAUUUCGGUCCUGACGCGACUUCGCCACCGCCAUUUGGUCUCGCUCCUCGGUUAUUGCUUGGAUGGGAGUGAGAGGAUCCUGGUGUACGAGUACAUGCCGAGAGGAACGCUCAGUCAACAUCUUUUCAACUGGAAGAGCGAGGGGCUGAAUCCGUUGGACUGGAAGAGGAGAUUGAGUAUCGGACUCGAUGUUGCUCGCGGCGUCGAGUAUUUGCAUAGCCUGGCUAAUCAAAGCUUCAUACACAGGGAUCUGAAGCCUUCCAAUAUUCUUCUCGGGGAUGAUAUGAAAGCUAAGGUUGCGGAUUUUGGGCUUGUUAAGCAUGCACCAGAUGGGAAAUAUUCAGUUGAGACGAGGCUUGCCGGCACCUUCGGAUAUCUCGCACCGGAGUAUGCAGUGACGGGCCGUGUGACCACCAAGGCCGACGUGUUCAGCUUCGGAGUAAUCCUCAUGGAGCUAAUCACCGGCCGAAAGGCUCUCGACAACAGCCAAUCGGAGGAGAACGUGCACCUGGUGACGUGGUUCAGACGAAUGCAUAUCAACAAGGCUACUUUCGAAGAAGUCAUCGACCCAACAAUCGACCUUGACGACGAAACCCUAAAGAGCGUUCUCACGGUUGCCGAGUUGGCUUGUCACUGCUGUUCAAGAGAGCCGCAGCAGAGGCCCGACAUGGGCCAGGUCGUUAAUGUCUUGUCUUCGUUGGCGGAAGUAUGGAAGCCGUUGGAACCCAAAUUGGACGACGAAUAUACGAUCGACUUGGACUUGACAUUACCUGAAGCACUCCAGAGGUGGAAGGAGUUAGAGAACAGUAGCCAGUCAGUUUCAACUAUCGGAAACUUGGAGAACUCUCAGAGCAGCAUUCCUGCGAGGCCCACCGGUUUCGCCGAAUCCUUCACCUCAGCACAUGCAAGAUAGAAGAGAUCGAAAGAAAAAAAGAGAAAACAAUAUUGGCAAUAUGGGAGAGUUAUCUAUAUAGGCUUGUCGAUUAAUUCUCAUGCCUGGUCUUCUUUAUUGUUUUGUUUGAUUUAGCAGAUUUUUUUUUUUUUUUUUUCAGUUUCAUGAUGUUGAUCUUUACAGGGAGAAGUUUCAAAGUGUUCUUUUGCUAUUAAUGGUUGUUUUAUUUCAAAGAUAGAUCGAAAUGUUAUAUUGUAGCUGAGUGGUACAUCUUAGAGU